AUCAAUGGUGCUUUAACGUGUUCCAAUAUGAAAUUGUCAACAAUUCGAAGAUAUAUAUGUGUUUUAUCGGUUAAUUGUGCAAUUUUGUAUUGAAAUGUUGUAAAGUAUCGAAAUUUGAAUUCAUCUUAGAUGCGGGUAUAAUAAACUGGUUUGAGGAAUCCGGAAGCGAGGAUUGUUAAAUGAAUUAUGAAUUUUGUGGUGUUUUCAACGCUAGUGGAUUGAAAUUUAUAUCUAACCUAUGUCUUUGUAAAACGUUGAAAAAUUAGAGGACAAAGAUACAUCUUUUAACAGCUACAAUGUUAAAUUAGGUUUGCCUUUAGGUUAAUUCUUUCUUCUGAGAAGCUUAAGCAGUUGCAAAUCUCACAAUAACAUAUCAUUUCCCCCUUUGUGACAUGUUUAAGUCUUGUUGCUAGCUUUCAAUAAUGUUUUUGUUGCUCUUGUAAUUGAGAAAGCAAUAGAUUGUGGUUCUUCCAUUGCAUUGGACUGGGUUUAUGAAAUCAGGGUAGUUGCUAAUGGGAUCUUUUUGAGUAAUGACUUCUAGUUCUUCAACUGCUCAUUGGUUACCUCCAUUUUGAGAAUCCAAAAUACACAAUGUCUCCAGCAUCAAAGUCAAAGUCAAAGGACAAAAGGGCAGCCGCCAAGGACCCACCAAAAUCAACCAAUAAAACCACCUCAACUCCAACUUCCGGCGGCGGCACCGCCACCAACAGCUACAACCCCCUUCUCGGAACCUUCCAUGCACUCGAUAUAAACAACACAGACGAUCAUACCCAAAACGCCCUUGGGGUCGAAUACGACUCCUUAUCCAACAACGGAAGCUGGUCCGGUGAAUCCGAAGACCACAAAGACAAAACCUCCGGCACCCCCUCCCGCCAUGAACCACCACCACCGCCAGGUGUCGACAACGAUAAACGCGAAAAAAUCCGCCAAAAAAACGAAAAAAAACAUCAACGACAAAAAGAAAGACGCGCUCAAGAACUCCAUGAAAGAUGCAGCGGUUAUCUAAUGUCAAGAAAGCUGGAAGCAUUAGCUCAACAGUUAGUUUCAAUGGGGUUUUCUUCAGAACGUGCAACCAUGGCUCUUAUUUUAAACGAAGGCCGAGUCGAACAAUCCGUCGCGUGGCUGUUCGACGGCGGUGAAGACUCCGAACACCGCGCCGCCGCCUCCGGCGGUGGCGGCGGCCACCUCAAAAUCGACAUCUCCGAGGAGCUCGCCCGGAUCACUGAAAUGGAAACAAAAUUUAAAUGCUCAAAACAGGAAGUCGAACGGGCGGUUGUCGCCUGUGAAGGCGACCUCGACCAGGCGGCAGAAACCUUAAAAUCUCAAAAACACGAACCGCCUGCCGCCCCGAAAGUUGAAGAAUCCGGCGAACCACCUGCCGGGCCGCCGAAGGCCGCCCCAACAACUUCAAGAACGUUAUUAAAACCGCAGAAAAGUGAAGAUAAAGAUUUUAAUUAUACAAAAACAGUGAAUAUCGGGCCACCAGCUGGCGACCCUGGAGUCAAAAGCUUGCAGUUGUUGAAAAAAAUUCCGGCGAGCUCCGAGAAGCGGUGGCCGGUGGCGGUUUCCAGAGCAAACCCUCCGCCGCCACCGAAAGCCGAACUGAAAAGCCUCCAGCUCGGGUCGGUGAGGGAACCGGUUAUUGUAAUGCAGAGGCCUAAAUCAAAGCCUAUACCUACAGUAAGCUCGUCAUCCUCCGAGUGGCACCCUACAGUAACUAACAUGAACCCUAACGGAUUCUCACAUAGCAUGCCAAGCUAUGGGACAAGUGUCAACACACAAUUGUACGAUCAGUUUCACUACCCGCACCAGCACGCGGUGGAUAAUCAUCAUUUUAGUCAACAAAACGGGAUUAGCCAUAGCCAUAGCCAUAACCAUUUCAACAACGGUGGUAUCUGGAACAGAAUGGGCGGUGUAAGUGGCGGCACCACCACUCCGCCGCUAGCUGCCGCCUCGUCUCUCGGGCUUUUCACCGGAUCAAAUGGGUCUUCCGGGCCGUCGUCUCCGGUGGACUGGAACGCCGGCGACUCGGUGCAAUUUGAUUAUACAAACAUCGACUGGAGUUUGGACCGGAUUCCGGCAAGGCCGAACGGGAUGUGGAUGAAUUUGGGGACGGCGGGGAACGGUGGUGAGUUUUAUUCGUCCGGGAAGGCCGCCACGAGACCGCCGGGGUUGCAUCCGGAGGUGGCGGUGGCGGUGGGUUCUGAAGCGGCGGCUGGUGGCGGCGGUGGUGGUCGUGAAUGGAGCUCUCCGUUUGAAGAGAAAGAGUUGUUCAGUUUCCCGAGACAGUUUGUGUCUUCACCCUCGCUGUAAUGAGAGUGGAAAAAAAAAGGGUAAACAAAUAAUAAGAUGUGAUAGGAGGAAUGGGAUGAUGAAAAAACAAUAAGAAAACAGAAACUUGAAAAACAUGUGUUGGGAUUUAAAUGUUUCUAUUGGUUUUUUCAUUAA